GUUAGCGGCGUGAGGGUUGUCGCGUGGUUUGUGUGAUCAUCUAGAAAAAAAUUGAAAUCUUGCAUAGCCAAAGCAUAGAACAAUUAUUCUUUUGUGUUUCGUGGUAUAUUUCGUUGUUCAUAUGAUGGAUAGUAUUUGUUUUGGCUAUGCUGUAUGUCCUGUUGAUCAGCGGGUGGCUCUGCUCACUGAACUAGUGUCAAGAUAUUGGGACGCAAAAGAAAAAUCCUGGAGCAAAAAGGUCAUCAUUUUAUUUCACCAUGACAACUGUACAAAGUUCUUUGUUGAGCUUUUCUCUAGACUCAAAGGGCUCCCAGUUAUGCCAUUGUUGAAACCCCAAUUAACUGCCAAAGGCGGCCUAGACGACUACACAUUUUUCUGUGACGCUGAAACUGGCAUGCUGGCCACCACCCCCCAGACAGCUCAGUGUCUUCCUGACCUCAGAGCUAAUAUCAUCAUCCAGUAUGAUCCUCCUUCCUCUGUUGAAAUAGUCACCCAGCUGGCCACGUACUGUUCUACCUACCUGAUGUUUCUGCGUCCGACUGAAGUUGGCUUUAUUGGCCACCUCAAGGAUGAAGCUGGGCUCAAGUUUGAGGAGCGAUUCAUCCCAUGGGAUCAUGUCCCAAAACUUCCAACUAUUGAGCUGCAGAACUGGUAUAAGACCUUCCACAGCAUGAACCUGAACAGUAAAGCAGCAUACAAAGCAUACUUGGAUUCGAUUCGUGAUCACCAACUACAAGAGUUCUUCAAUAUGAAGGAUAUUUUGCUGAAAGAAGUGGCUGAGGGCUUCUGUUUCGCCAUCCCUCCCUACUAUAAGCUGGUCAAAGAGACGCCUCGGUAUGAACUGCAACUCAAAGCCAAGGAGCUGAAGAAAACUCAGCCACUGCCCUUCAACGCCCCGGUCAUCAAAACAAGUUUCAAGAGGAUCAUCAGGGACCACGACUCUGACCUCAAAGCUCGUAAGGAACUCAAGCGAAAGGCUAAGAAGAAGACCGUCAUUGCCAGCGACAAGAAUAAGAAUUGGGUGCUUUCUGAAGGUGUUGUGUAUAACCCCGAUGGAACUGUGAGGCUGUCGAGAGACUCGGAGAUGAAGUAUAGCCUUACUAAGAACAAAAUCAGAGUUAGCAAGGACAAAAUGAAGGCCCUUAAGAAACAGCUGGACAAUGUCCCUGGAAUGAAGAAGAAAAAGCAGUUGCUAAAGAAAAUGAAGAGAAAUCGCCGAUAAGAGCUUAUUUAGAGUUUGAAAGUACAAUAGGGAAUUACAAAA